AUGUCCCCCCACAGCGAGGUUUCUUUCACCGGCUCUGAGGCUCCGGCCUCUAACGGCCACAGCAACGACACCAACGGAUAUACCAACGGAACCAAUGGUGUAAGCAACGGCCACAACGGCUACACCAACGGCAACGACUCUGCUCCUGCUGCCCGCCACGGGCCCCGUGUUCACAAGGAGCGAUCCCCUUACCUUGAGAGCGCCCCUGCGGACUCGGAGUUUGACCUCAUCUGUGCCGGUUUCGGCCCUGCUUCUCUGGCUGUGGCUGUUGCCAUUCACGAUGCCAUCGCCGAAGGCAAGAAGCUCCGCCCUGAUGGCGCUGCUCCCAAGGUCCUCUUCCUUGAGAAGCAGGCCAAGUUCGCCUGGCACGCCGGUAUGCUUCUUCCUGGAGCCAAGAUGCAAAUCUCCUUCAUCAAGGACAUGGCCACUCUUCGCAACCCCCGAUCUGAGUUUACCUUCCUUAACUACCUCCACUCCCAGGGCCGCCUGGUUGACUUCACUAACCUGAGCACUUUCCUGCCCGCCCGUACCGAGUAUGAAGAUUACCUCCGCUGGUGUUCUUCUUGGUUCGACCACGUUGUGAGCUACAACAACGAGGUUCUCUCCAUCUCCCCCGAGAGCAGGGAAGCUGGUGCUGUCAAGACCUUCGCGGUCCAAGCCCGCAAUGGCAAGACUGGUCAGGUUCAAUCUUUCCGCAGCCGUCACGUUCUUGUUGCUGCCGGUGGCCAGCCCUCACUACCCAAGAGCCUCCCCGUCAAGCACCCUCGUGUUUUGCACUCGUCUCAAUUCGCCAACUACGCCCCUCAGAUUCUCAGCAAGCAGAAUGCUCCUUACCGCGUUGCUGUCAUUGGCGCUGGCCAGAGCGCCGCCGAGAUCUUCAACAACGUUCAGAACCUAUACCCCAACUCCAAGACCUACCUCAUCAUGCGUCAAGAGUUCCUCCGACCCAGCGAUGACUCUCCAUUCGUCAACUCCAUCUUCAACCCUGACUACAUCAACAACCUCUGGCCCCGAUCUGUUAAGGCUCGUGAGACUCUUUUGACCGAAGCCCGUGCCACCAACUACGGUGUCGUGCGCUUGGAGCUUAUCGAGCACCUCUUUGAGAAGAUGUAUGACCAGAAGCGUGAGAUUAGCGACGAUGAGACUCAAUGGCCCCACCGCAUCCUUAAUGGUCGUGAGAUUGCCAGCGUCGACACCAAGGGUGACGCUCUUGAGAUCAAGGUUCAGCGCGUAACUGAUGGUCCUCUUGACGGCUUUGUCGAACAGGAGACUUUCGACGUUGAUCUAAUUAUCGCUGCCACCGGCUACAAGCGAAGCGCUCACGUCGAUAUGCUCAAGGAUGCCUGGACCAUGCUCCCCAAGACCGUGUCAGGACGCACCGAGUCCCCCAAGGGCGUUAACGGCUGGAACGUCGAGACACAAGAUGGCGAGCGUAAGCUGGCUGUUGGAAGAGAUUACCGCGUCAAGUUCUCCCCAGGCAGUGUCGCCGAGGACUCUGGUGUUUGGCUGCAGGGCUGCUGUGAGGGUACUCACGGGCUGAGCGAUACUCUCCUCUCGGUCCUGAGCACUCGUUCGGGCGACAUUGUCGAGUCUAUUUUCAAGCAAUAA